AAAGGGGGAGGAGACGGGGUCGGGGCGAGUGGAGAGCCCCCGCAGGACACCGGGCUCCGCGCGCCAGCGGAUGUCCCUCGAAAGUGCGCCCCUAAACCGGGAUAAGCGCGUCCGGGCUGCCCGCCUCUGUCCACCUCGGUCUUGACCUUGGCGCUGUGGGCCGGGCUGGGGCUGCAGUUGGCUCUGGCUCUCUGCACAGUGAGCCAGCCGUUCGCUCUGAAGGGCGCGGGUGCGCUGGGGGAGGUGGGCGGCUCCGGCCUGGCAGCCAGGCUGCAGGUCGGUCCCCGCCUCCUGGCAGGACUGGCGGAGUCCCUGCCCCAGAGCGCAGCGCCAGCGCUGGCCUCCGCCCGCCUCGCCCAUCUAUCUCCUCGCGGCACCUUCCUCCUCCAGCGGGACCCGCCGGACCCCUCCGUGCCGCCGCCACCGGGGACCAUGCAGUGGCCCGAGCACUGGGCGAGCGGACUGAUGCCCUUGGCCAUGACGCAGCCCCAACCACUGUCUGCUCAGGCUCAGCCUGUUUGAGUCAUCGCUGGCCCAGGUGUUUCAGGUCACCGUUCCCUCACUGAACAGUUGGAUGGGGCAUCGGGCGGAUGACAGCGGGAACAGUUGUGAUCACUGGCGGAAUCCUAGCUGCGGUCAUCCUCCUCUCCAUCAUCGCCAUCCUGUGCUACUGUAGGCUCCAGUAUUACUGCUGCAAGAGGAGCGGAGAGGAGGAUGCAGCGGAGGAGGAGGAGGAGCACGACCUGCCCACCCCCUCCAGAGGCCCCCCCUGCAAUGCCUGCAGCGCCCGAGCCCUGGACGGCAGAGGCGGCCCGGCGCCCGUCACCAGCGAGCUCUGCGGCCCGCCGGGCGGGGUGGCAGCCGGCCACUGCGCCACCUGCUCCCCAUACAGCUCCCCCUUUUACAUACGGACAGCCGACAUGGUGCCCAACGGGGGCGGGAGCGAGAGGUUCUCCUUCGCGCCCACAUAUUACAAGGAGGGGGGCCUCCCGGCCCUCCAGCUGGCAGCACCCCACAGUUACCCGGUGACGUGGCCGGGCCCUGGGCGUGAGGCUUUCACUAAUCCAAGGGCUAUUAGUACAGAAGUGUGACCCCUCUCACCCCGAACCCCCCCCCCCCCACACACACACACCCUCACGCUGCUCCGCCAGGGGCACUGGGCCCGCCCGCGGCUGCCUCUCGACACCCACAGGACUGUCUCGUUUCCUUGGCUCUCCUUGCCCCGCAGGGGGCGGCUCCCCAGGAUUGAAGCCAUCGGGUGCUCUGACGGCAGCUGUGCCCUGAGCCGGUUUCCCUGUUGGGACGUUCCUCGGGCCAACCCCAGCCCCCAGGCCCUCUCAUUCCCACCCCCACCCCCGGCUUUGCCAGUCUUAUGAGAGGAAGGCGCGCUGAGCAAAGGUCCGGAGGCCUCCAGCACCCUCGGGGCGGGGGGUGGGGGUGAAAGAGGAAGGGGACCCAGGGCAGGGGGCCUGGGCACAGUAAAACCGCACCGUUUGAGAAGGAAGAGGAUGGUGGUAAAAGGCCUGCUUCAGGACUUGCUAAAACACAGCCAAAAGCCAGCUCGCGAUUUAGUUCUGUCCUCUUGGUGGUCAUAGAGACCGCACAGCCUGUAGCUGCUUGAAUGUAGACGUGGGUUCCUGACCACAGCACAGCUGUGGCUGCACCUUGCUUGUGGGGCAUGUU